AUGCCGUCUCGUGGCGCCAUCGACGGGUUUGACAGCCCGCGCCUUCCCGUCAGGGUAGCCAUUAUCGGCGCGGGAUGCAUCGGCAAGGAGCAUAUGAGGAACAUAUCUCUGAUGCCAGAAGUCGCGCAAGUGGUCGCUCUAGUCGACAGCAACCAGAGCUCGCUGGCUUCCUGCCUUGAGCUGCUGCCGAGCAUCAAGAACGUGCGCACGUUUGAGAGCGUUGGGAGCUUUGUGCGGUGGGUGAAUGCGGAGGACGACAUGGGAGACUUUGACAUGGGAAGGAGAAGUCAGUGCGAUGCUGUGGUGAUCGCAACCCCGAACUACACGCACUUGAACAUCAUGGAGGAGGUUGUGCAGAAGACUUCGUUGCACGUGCUUGUCGAGAAGCCUCUUUGCACCAAGGUGGAGGACUGUAGGAGAGUGGAGAGGUUGGUAGAAGACGAUCGGGCGAGUGAUCCGAGGCGCGUCGUGUGGGUGGGGAUGGAGUACAAGUAUAUGCCGUCAGUUGCUAGGUUGUUGCAGGAGGUCGGGUAUUGGAACAGGUUUAACGAACUCUCCGGCGGGACUCUCGUUGAGAAAUGCUGUCACUUCUUCGAUCUGAUGCGUCAGAUCCUCAAGUCAGAUCCUGUCAGAGUCAUGGCGUCUGGGGGCCAGGAUGUCGAGUACCAGUCUGAGCUGUACCAGCGCAGCGGGGAAGAGGGAGAGGACCAGGCAAACAUCCAGCAGCAUGUGGCUUGCCAGCAGAACGAGGAUGAGGAUGGCGCGGGAAAGAUUCGGCUGAUGAGGCCUGACAUCAUUGACAACGCGUACGUGAUCGUGGAGUUCAAGAACGGGGGCAGGGCAUGCCUCGACCUCUGCAUGUUUGCUGAGACCUCUCUGUACCAAGAGGAGAUCUGUGUGGUGGGAGAUAGAGGUAAGGUGGAGGCGUUCGGGUCUCGUCAUGGGGAGAAGGAGGAACAAGAGGACCUGUCGAACUUCAGGAUCGGGUUGCGACCAGCCAAGUCAGAGUGGAACGCUGCUCGAGAGGUCGAUGCACCAUCCACCAAGUCGCUUCCUCCCGUGCAGCAGGAGCACAUCGGAGUAACGGACUCCAGACUUCUGGAAGCAGGAGCGCACGAGGGGUCGACGUUCCAUGAAGUGCGUGAGGAGCAGAGGGGGGAGUCAGAGCUCACGGCAGCUGCAGCUCAGGCGGUUCUGUGA